GUACUGUUCAAAGUCUAUCGCCCAGAUGCCUGUUCCCGGGGCAAUGUCCAUCGCACAUCUCGGAUUGGUCAUUGGCCAAUUUGCCGUCGAGGAGUAUAGUCAUUCCAGCAUGUUGCAAAUGAAGGCGUUCUUGCUCUGCCGCAUCGUUGAUGAUGAGGUAUUUGCCUUCCUUCCAGCCAUGGUACAUUUUGCCGAACACGCCAACGACUGAGU